AUGGGUUGUGGAUCAUCUAAUGGUAUUUAAGAACCUUCAAACAAAGUUACUAAGAUAGAGGAUACCAAAUUUGCAUAUCAGGGAUUCGUUACUGAGAAAAAAGGGAAAAUCACUGCGGACUAUAAUUUAAUUUAACCAUGCCUUGGAAAAGGUGCUUUUGGUGAAGUUUAUAGAGGAGUACAUAAGGUUACAAAUUAAGUUAGAGCAAUAAAAUUAAUAAGGAAGAAACUGAUGACUGAGGAAGAUUGCUUAAUGUUAACAAGAGAAGUCGAUAUUUUAAAAUAAUUGGAUCAUUUGAAUAUUAUUUCAAUUUAUGAGUUUUAUUAAGACUCUGAAUAUUUCUAUAUAGUAACAGAAUUAUGUUAAGGAGGUGAAUUAUUUGAUCGAAUUGUUUAAGAGAAAAACUUUUCAGAAAAAAAAGCUGCAGAAGUUAUGAAAUAGGUGUUAAGUGCUGUAACAUAUUGCCAUGAAAAAAAUAUUGUUCAUAGAGAUUUGAAGCCUGAGAACAUCCUUUAUGAAAGCAAUAAUGCAGAUUCCCUUAUAAAAAUAGCUGACUUUGGAACUAGUUAAAAGUUCAAUCCUGAUAAGAAAAUGGAUCAAAGAGUUGGAACCCCUUAUUAUAUAGCUCCAGAAGUACUCGAUAGGAAAUACAAUGAAAAAUGUGAUAUUUGGUCAUGUGGUGUUAUUCUCUAUAUUAUGUUGUGUGGAGCUCCUCCAUUUAAUGGUGAUGAUGAUUAUUAAAUUAUGGAGGCUGUGAGAAAAGGAGUCUUUAAAUUUAAGGAGUAGGAAUGGAAGAAAAUAUCAAAUGAGGCUAAGGAUCUUGUGAUGAAAAUGAUAGAGAAAGAUACCAAAAAGAGAAUUUCAGCAUAGGAUGCCAUGAAUCAUCCUUGGAUCCAAACAUAUUGUUAAAAGAAAGAAGACGAUCUUCCAUCUCUUACUGAAGCUUUGUAAAGAAUCAAAGCCUUCAGAGUUGAAAAAAAACUGUAAGAAGCAGCACUUAUGUUCAUGGUCAAUUUUAUAGCUACUAAGGAGGAGAAAAAGGACUUAUUAAAGUAAUUCUAGGCUUUAGAUACAAAUAAUGAUGGAAGAUUAAGUAGAGAAGAAUUAGUCAAUGGAUACAAAAAGGUUAUGAGUGAUAUAGAUGCGGAGGCUCAGGUAGAUGAAAUUAUGAAAAAGAUAGAUGCUGAUGGAAGUGGUUCAAUUGAUUAUUCAGAAUUUGUAUAUGCCACUAUUAAUAGAGAAAAACUAUUGGCUACAGAAAGAUUGCUUUAAGCAUUUAAAAUAAUAGACAAGGAUAAGAGUGGAGCUAUUACAAAGGAUGAAAUUAAAUUAGCAUUUGGUCAAAAUUCUGGUAUUAGUGAGGAGGUUUGGAAAUAAAUGAUCUAGGAAGUAGAUUAGAAUUCUGAUGGGAAAUUAACAUUUGAGGAGUUCAAAUCCAUGAUGAUGAGAGUAACUUAGAAUUAAGGUUGA